AAAACUAAACCACCCCCAACUCCCCUCCAUUUUCCCACUUCUGAAAAUAAACAUGGCCCAACAUCAGAAGUCUCCGACACACUCCUUGUCCUUGUACUAGUCCACGACCAUACACAGCCACGUUAGCCAUCUCGAUUACACCGGAGACACAUGGCGGCGGCCCUCGAAUGCUGGUCCAGUCGCGCCAGCACAGACGAGGACAUGGUGGAGCAAGUACUGAUGCGGACCCAUGACAGAUCGGAAGAAUUACCGGAGAGCUCCGAUUUGGGUACGGGCAGGACAGAGCAAGGGAAGGCGAUGCAGAAACGGCUUCAGAAGCUGAGCCGGAACGUGUCGGAGGCGAUUGCCUCGCUCAAGAACUCACUCAACCUUGACUCGGCACGUGAUCAGCACGUUUUGUCCGCCGCUGCUUCUGGGUCCGCCAAGAGUGAGAGCUGUAGGAAGGUUGUUUGGGGUACUGUUGUACGGAACUUGACGCUGUUGUAUCCCGGAAGCCAGCUGCCCGAGAAGCUCGUUUCCAACAUUAGGAAGCAUUAUGAUUCUUUGCCUCUAAGUUAUGCACAGGCGGGUUUUGAUAUGAAAGAAGUGUUUCUGCAUAUAAAGUUGAUGGAACAGGCAUCGGGGGGUGAUCAUCCUGCGGUAUUGAUUCAGGAUGUGUCUGAUGAUGAUAUGCAGGGUUCUGUUUUCAAGCUGAUAUUUGUUUGUAAUUCGUCAAUUUCAUGGCCGGCUAUGUCAUGUGCACUUGAAAGUGCUUCUAUUUGUUGCAAGGAGAUACAGAUCUUUGAGAAGAAGGGGUAUACUCUAGGUGUCGUUCUUCUUUUGGUUCAAGCUGGUCAGGAUAAAUUAUUUAAAUCCCGGGUUGAAAAUGCCUUGAAGUCAGCUAUGAAGAAGUCCAAGACAAGCACAGUGAAGCUGCCCUUUAGACUUUGUGGGUGUCAAGAGGAGAAUUCUAAAGGCCAGGACUUUGGGGAAAUAGAAGAGGAAACAGGCGAACAGCUUUAUAGAAAUGGAAUCGAGAAUUCAAACGCAAAAAUUCAGCUUCAAAUGCCUCUACCUACGUCAUCAUAUGUCAUAUCUGUUGAUGAAUGGCAAACGAUCCUCUCAGGAGGGAAUGAGAUUGGAAAAUGGCUGUUGAAUGCAGACAGUAUUGAGUUUAUUGAUCAAAUUGGAACUAACUCCUUCAAGGGUGUUUACAAGGGAAAAAGGGUUGCAAUUGAAAAGUUGAAAGGCUGUGACAAGGGGAAUUCUUAUGAGUUUGAAAUUCGAAAAGAUCUGCUGGAGCUGAUGACUUGUGGACAUAAGAACAUUCUACAGUUUGAUGGUGUUUGCAUUGAUGACAAUCAUGGGUUGUGUGUUGUGACAAAGUUAAUGGAAGGUGGAUCAGUUCAGGAUUUGAUGCUGAAAAGCAAAAAGCUUCAGACCAAGGAGAUAAUUAGGAUUGCUGUUGAUGUAGCUGAAGGAGUCAAGUUUAUGAACGAUCAUGGUGUUGCAUGCAGAGAUCUCAAUACACACAGGAUUCUAUUAGAUAGGCAUGGUAUUGCUUGCUUGGGAGACACGGGUAUAGUCACUGCUUGCAAGAGUUUUGGGGAGGCCAUGGAGUAUGAAACAGAUGGUUACCGGUGGCUAGCUCCUGAGAUUAUCGCUGGGGAUCCAGAGAAUGUUACCGAGACAUGGAUGAGUAAUGCCUAUAGUUUUGGGAUGGUAAUUUGGGAGAUGGUAACUGGUGAGACAGCCUAUGCUUCAUGUUCACCAGUUCAGGCAGCAGUGGGAAUAGCUGCUUGUGGCCUAAGACCAGAGAUCCCAAAGGACUGCCCCCAAGUCUUGAAAUCUCUGAUGACCAAGUGCUGGAACACUUGCCCCGCAAAGCGACCUCAAUUCUCUGAAAUUUUAUCGCUAUUGCUUCGGCCAAACAACAAACAACAACAGUCAUAGGUAAAAAUUCUUUAAAAUAAUUUUAUGAAAUGUAAUCCUGUUGGUGCAAAAGACAAUAUUGGUUCCUCUUGAAAUCAUUCUGCCAUGAAAUGUAGAUCCUGCAAAAAGAAGAUACAAGCUUGUAACUUCUUUCUUUUUCUCAAUAUGUCAAGGUAUAUACGUCUUCUUUCUUUUGCCAUUUCUUUCCGUUCCUUUUUCAAUUUGGGAGCCAUAAGAAAAAGAAAAGAUAAUA